AGAUGUGCGUGAUGUGCGUCUGGUGUCUUGGUCCCUGAGUUCCCUGUCCAUACCCCCAUGCCUGGAGUGCAUGCCUCGGCGGGGGGGGGGGGCAACCCGUCUCACCCCUGUCAUGGCCCUAACAAGCCACACCUCUUACUUGUCUUCCGUCUCAUUCCUAACCCUUAUAUAUAUAUCAUUAGCACCCUCGUUAGUCCCAUAUAUACCUGCUUAGUCCUGUGCUCUCCAGUUCAGUCUCUCCUCUUGUUGCCUGUGCCCUUCCCUGAGUUAGCUUGACUGUUUUGACCCCUUGCGAUCCUGUUUGUUUCUCUGUUCUCAUAUCGUAGCUAGCUAGUUAGCGGAACAUAAGGAACGUGUUUAUGUAAUAUUUAGUGUGGUAAUUGUUUGCGGCCAACAGGGGACCCUCAAACCUUAGGGGGGCCCACACAAACUUGUGGCUUGAAUGGCGACAAACACUGCCGCAUCAGUUAAGAUAAGAUAAGAUAAGAUACUUAAUGAUCCCAGGGGGAUAUUCUUGAAUAUAUAAAACUCAUAUAGAGUCAUACAAAAUCCCAAUCCACUUUACCACUGUCACGCUAUGCUUUCAGCCUCCUGGUCUGUCCCCAUGUCAGUGUUAGUUCAAGUCGGCGACAUUGCCACCCUCCCCUGUAAUUGGACAACCCAGAGAGGGAUGACCCGGUCACUUUCUGUAAACAACCCACAUCUUCAGUGGCAGACGCCCGAGGAGACGGUCUUCGAGCAGAAAGGGAGCAUCACUUUCCAAGGCAUCGGGUAUGAAGGCAGGGUGGAGAUGCUCCAGGACAUGCUGUUUGAAGGGGACUGCUCCCUGAAGCUGAGGGAGGCAAGGUUCACGGACGCUGGACUCUAUGAGAGCUUCCUUAUAACCGAGCACAAGAGGAGGAUGAUGAGGAGUUUCAUAAAAAGUGUGCAGCUGACAGUCACAGACCAUAAGUCUAGUCAGACUCUGCUAGUUGGACAGGACUUCUCCCUCAGCCUCUACACCUCGCAGGCAUCCACCGUGAUUUUCCAGGCAUCCAAGGAUCAAGAGGAAGCCACCAAGUGGGAGAGGGGCAAUGCUCAGGGCAGCAAGUGGCGCAUGGAGGCCGGUGACAGGAAGCUGAUCCUCCCACGACUGAAGCGGAGUGAUGCGGGAAUGUACAAGGUUCUGGAUGCGGAUGGUUUGGCCAUUAGCACCACACUGCUCAUCGUGCAAGGUGAGAUUUUUCAGCCGAUAUAGAAAAUUCUGAAGUAU